AGGUCGCUCUGCAUUGCCUGGCAGCCAGUGCCCACCGCAGCUGCGCCUGACCGACGGCCCUCUGGGCGCCUCUCCCUCAGUAAUGGAGACGAUGGGUGCAGACGCACUCCCUCUGACCGUGAAUUCCUCAGAAAAGCGAGAAAGUGUCUGCGUUUUUGGAACAGGCGAUUUUGGAAAAUCCUUGGGAUUUAAAAUGCUUCAGUGUGGUUAUGCUGUUGUUUUUGGAAGUCGAAACCCCCAGGUGUCCAGCCUUCUGCCCAGAGGAGCAGAGGUCUUGAGCUACUCCGAGGGAGCAUCAAAGUCUGACGUCAUAAUCCUGGCCAUGCGCAGAGAACAUUACGACUGCCUCGCAGAACUGGCUGACCACCUCAGUGGAAAAAUAUUGGUAGACGUCAGCAACAACCGAAAGAUCAAUCAGUAUCCAGAAUCGAAUGCUGAGUACCUGGCGCAGUUGGUUCCAGGAGCCCGUGUGGUCAAGGCGUUCAAUACCAUCUCAGCCUGGGCUCUCCAGUCAGGAACACUGGAUGCAAGUCGGCAGGUGUUUGUCUGCGGGGAUGAUAGCAAAGCCAAGCAGAGAGUGAUGGACAUUGCCCGUACCCUUGGACUCACUCCGUUGGAUCAAGGAUCUCUUGUGGCAGCCAAGGAAAUUGAGAACUACCCUCUGAAACUAUUCCCAAUGUGGAGGCUUCCUUUCUACAUGUCCUCUGUGCUGUGUGUCUUCUUCUUCGUGUACUGUGUUAUAAGAGAAGUGAUAUACCCCUACGUGAAUGGGAAGACAGACUCUACGUUUCGCCUGGCUGUGUCCAUCCCGAACCGUGUGUUUCCCGUAACAGCGCUGACCCUGCUCGCUUUGGUGUACCUCCCUGGUGUUCUCGCGGCCGUUCUGCAGCUCUACCGAGGCACAAAGUACCGUCGAUUCCCAAACUGGCUUGAUCAUUGGAUGCUUUGCAGAAAGCAGCUGGGCUUGGUAGCACUGGGAUUUGCCUUUCUUCAUGCCAUCUACACUCUUGUGAUUCCUAUUCGGUACUACGUACGCUGGAGACUGAGAAACGGAACCAUUACACAGGCCCUGGCUAAUAAAGACAGCCCGUUUAGUACCUCUGCAGCCUGGAUUAGUGAUUCCUACUUGGCGCUGGGAAUCCUGGGAUUUUUUCUGUUUCUUCUCUUGGGAAUCACUUCCUUGCCAUCGGUGAGCAACAUGGUCAACUGGAGAGAGUUCAGGUUUGUCCAGUCCAAACUGGGUUAUCUGACCCUGGUCCUGUGCACAGCCCACACUUUGGUGUACGGUGGGAAGAGAUUCCUCAGCCCUGGGAUUCUGAGGUGGAACCUUCCAUCAGCCUAUAUUUUAGCCCUCAUCAUCCCGUGCACGGUUCUGGUGAUGAAGUUCAUCCUCGUACUACCGUGCAUAGACAAGACCUUGACGCGCAUCCGCCAAGGCUGGGAAAGGAACUCACAACCCUCAAAAUCAGCACUGAACGGAAAACCAGAUAUUUAGAAGAAAGUUGAAUUUGUGGAAAUUUCUGAACUAGUAUAGUGAAUGUUUAGAGAAUCAAUGUCCAGUUAAGAAAGCAUUAUCUCUUGUCAUGGUCGCAGGUUUAUCCUCACUAAAGGAAAUGUUGCCUGACUUUGAAAGACUAACGUAGGAAGCAAGCUCCCACUGCCUCUCCUCACGUAAUGACUCACUG